CCGGCACAACACGAGUGACGAACACAGUUCCCUGACGUCCGCCGCGGGUACUAGACGUGACACAAGCGACGAAUAGCCCGGGAAGUCUUCUGCCUGGCCACCAUGAGCAAGCGGCUGUUGAGCGGACACGAGGUGGAGGAGCUGACCGAGGAGGAGCGGAAGGCGAUUAACUUCGAUGGUUUCAUACACGGAAUAGUCCGCCUCAAGCCCGAUGGGUGGCUGUACCCCGGCACGGCGCCCGCCUUCCUUGACAGGAUAUACAACAUGGAGUUCCGACCUGACGACGUCCUGGUCGCGACCUUCCCCAAGUGCGGCACCACGUGGGUGCAGGAGAUCAUCUGGACGAUGCUGCACAACCCCAAGCUGGACAACCCCAAGGCAAUGGAGUCGCUGUGGAUGCGAUCGCCGGAGAUCAGCCUGGACAUGAUGUUUGAUCUGAAGCCUUUGGGCGGCAGGGCCCCGGAAUCUUACCAAGAAAAGUUUAGGGAAAUGUGUCCGGGCAAGAACCAGGAGGAAGGACUUUCCCUCCACCUGGUAGACGCAGAGCCCAGUCCCCGCCUUCUGAAGAGCCACUACCCGCUUUCCCUCUUGCCCAAGGAUAUCCUAGACAGAAUAAAGGUUGUGUACGUGGCCCGGAACCCCAAGGACAUGGCCGUCUCUCUGUUCCACUUCUUCAAAAUGAUGAACGUGUUCCCGACCGAAUUAACAAUGGAGUCGACGUUCAAAGGACUUGUGAAAAACGAAUGCCCUUAUUCCCCGUUCUGGCCCCACGUGAAGGAGGCGUGGGGGAAGAGGCACCACCCUAACCUGCUCUUCCUCUUCUACGAGGAAAUGAAGGCCGACAUCAUGAAGGAGCUGGGAAGGAUCAACGAGUUCCUGGGAGUAGGCCUGAGCCAGGAGUCCCUCGAGAGUGUGGCGCGACACACCUCCUUCUCGGCCAUGAAGUCUCGCGGGGAGCCUGUGAAAGACAAAAUAUUCGAGAAGAAAGAUGAGAGCGAAGUCAGAUUCUUCCGAAAAGGCACGACGGGUGACUGGAAGAACUAUUUCUCGCCGGAGAUGCAGAAGGAGUUUGACCAAUGGACGAAGGAAAACCUGGCCGGCAGCGACCUGAGCCUGAGCUGGGCCCUGGCGGAGUGAGCCUCGCCUCGGCGCGGCGCCGGCCACUCUCUCGCUCACUAGUGUGAAGAACUAGUUUUGUGUGGUGCACACUUUUAAUUAUCGGAUUUCUAAUGCAGAAUUCAGCAUUAAAAAAAUAGUCUUCUUGAUUUGUUUUUGUUCUUACUGUUAAUGCCAAUAUCAUCAAUGUUCCACUUACAAUUUAUGUGACGACAGAAACCUUUGUACAGUUUCUUGACACUUGUUUACUACUGAGUAAAUAUACGGUAUAACUUUAAA